CUACUAAAGAAAUAUAAAUUUUGUGAAAAGGCAAGAACAUGAUGCGAGAAAAGAAGACAAUCUUCUACCUCCCAUCCCACGAGAAUCCUCGAGAAUGACAUUUUAUUCUCAACCUGCUUCAAACAAUCUAUAUGAACAACCCAUUCAGCUUGAAAAUGUCUCUCUCUUUUGCAGCUUCUAUUCGUACACUCUGUUCAUAUUCAGUGCGUAAGUUUCCCGCAGAGUACACUACACUUGUAGUAAGAUGCGUUUGCUCUGUCGGGUUGAAAGGGCGAUUCGCGUUUAAUCACAGUAAAUUGGGCGUUGAUCGAAGUAGGUUGAGAGGCGAAGUGAAGGCGUUGUCGUCGAUGGCGGACUCCGUUAGGAAGAAGAAUAAGGAGGUGAAGGUGUUCGAAACGGAGGAGGAUCUGGCGGUGUCGCUGGCCAAGUAUACGGCGGAUCUGUCGGACAAGUUUGCCAAAGAAAGAGGGUCUUUCACUGUUAUUUUGUCCGGUGGUUCUCUUGUCAAGUCUCUCAGGAAAUUAGUGGAACCACCGCAUGUUGAUUCCAUUCAUUGGUCGAAAUGGCAUGUUUUCUGGGUGGAUGAGAGGGUUGUGCCAAAGGAUCACCCUGAUAGUAACUAUAAACUAGCAUACGAUGAGUUUCUCUGUCAGGUGCCAAUUCUCCCUGGUCAUGUUUAUGCAAUCAAUGAUGCCCUGUCAGCUGAGGGUGCGGCUGAUGAUUACGAGACCUGUCUCAAACAGUUAGUUCAUUGCAAUAUUCUAGACUCAGCUACUAGUGGGUUUCUGAAGUUCGAUCUCACGCUUCUGGGUAUGGGUCCAGAUGGACAUGUGGCUUCUUUAUUCCCAUGGCAUCCUCUUGUCAACGAGAAAGAGAAAUGGGUCACAUUCAUCAAGGACUCACCAAAACCGCCCCUGGAGAGGAUCACCUUCACAUUUCCUGUGAUUAACUCCUCUGCAUAUAUUGCACUUGUGGUGACUGGUUCUGGUAAAGCAGAUGCAGUGCACAAAGCUUUCGAUGAGAAUAAGAAUCCCAUGGAGCUGCCUGUCAAAAUGGUUUCACCGGAAGGGAAGCUGACUUGGUUUUUGGACAAGGAUGCAGCUUCACAGCUGUAGGAGCGAAAAUGCCUAUGCUGUUGUUAACGGUUAAUCGAUAAUCCAUAUACAGGGUAAUGUAUCCAUAUAUCUGUCUCUUCUUCUGUUUUGGACAUGGUUGGUUGGUGGAGGUAAUGAGACCUUUCGUUGUGAUUUAACGAUUUCGGUUGAUGUUGAUUUUACGGUUAACGCAUGCCAAAUGCAACCGUAGGAAUUGAUGUCCUGAUAUGUCACUAGUUUGCUAUACGGAUACUUAUGCCUUCGCCAGUUUGUAGACAUCUUUGUGGACGGUGGUUCAUAGUUACAAAUGAAGCUGCGAAAUGUUUUCUUUUGUUAUGUCAGUAAUAUGAAACAGACCAUCUUUUCUUUUA